AUGUAUUUUUCUGUUUUAUAUAUUUUUAUUUUAACCCUAAUUAUUUCGUUAAUAAAUCAAAGUCAUUGUCUUGGCACUAAACAAUCAGCAGCCGUUAGAGGAAAUUUAAUUUGUAAUGGAAAGCCGAGUGUAAACACAAAAGUUAAAUUAUACGAUCAAGACACUUUUGACCCUGAUGAUUUAAUGGAUGAGGGUGUAACCGACGAAGAAGGACAUUUUGAAUUAAGUGGAAGUGAAACAGAAGUUACUGAUAUUGAGCCGAAAGUUAAUAUUUAUCAUAAUUGUAAUGAUGAAUUAACUCCUUGUUUGUUAAAAAUAUCAAUUGAAGUAAGUUUUCAAAAUAAUGUCAGAUAA